GUAAUGGCAUGUUUGAGUGUCACAAAUGAGUAGUUAGACGUAGUUGCUUUUCAAGCCAUGUUUUAGGUUUAUUCAUUCAUUUAUGAAUUUUCAACUAUGAUAAACGUGGUUACACUCGGUUUUUUAACAUAGCUGUAACAUGUAACUGUCACUAAACAGCACGCAGUGGCUCUUGUUGACUUGUGAAUGUCAUAUAAAGUCAAAGGAGAUUUAUUCCUAUUGCUCAUUCAAGUAAACGUGAUUCUACUGGAUGCCUGAUCUGAUCGCAAGAGCUACAACUAGCAAAUGGCUGUGUCAACGACAACAUUAAAAACUCUGUUUGGAGUUUAUGGUGUCAUUCACAGACAGACUCUGUUAUUGCCAUCUACCCUCAGAUGCUCAGUUAUACUGAGCACCAGGAGCAUCUAUGAGCGUGAUUACCGCAGACCAGGCCAACCUCCAGACACCCGUUGGCCCUGGCAAAAGAUACAAUUUGAUUUCUCCAAAGGUGUGGAGGGUAUCAAGAAGCACAUUGGGUUGUUGAAGGAUGAGUUUGUCCAGCGCUGGACUGGACCUGAGGGAAGGCCGUUAAUAGAGCACAUGCUGGAACAGACACGUGUCCAGUGGGAGUUCCGUGGACCGGAGAGUCUCAAUCAGUGGGUGGUGUCAUCGGAUCAGGAGAUUGGGGGUCGCAGUGAGGCAUACAUCAAACUGGGCAAGAACAACAGCACAUGUUUGCUGUAUGGGACCUUGUGCUCCACGCCUCCCCGUGAUGGAGAGACUCGAUACAGUGGAUACUGCACUCUGCGCUCCAAACAACCCCUGGCCUCAUUUGACAGAAAAAAGCAGUAUGACUGGUCAAGUUUCAACACGUUACAUAUGCGUAUCCGGGGAGAUGGAAGACCGUGGAUGAUAACUGUGUCUGCUGAGACCUUUUUUUCUCAUCAGAGAGAUGACAUCUACAGUUACUUCCUCUAUACUAGAGGGGGACCCUACUGGCAGGAUGUCAAGAUCCCGUUCUCCAAGUUUUUCCUUUCCAGCCGGGGAAGAAUACAAGAUGACCAGCAUGUCCUCUGGUUAGAUAAGGUAAAGAGUAUUGGUUUUACAUUGGGGGAUAAAUCAGAUGGCCCAUUUCAGCUUGAGAUUGACUUCAUUGGUCUGUGCAAUGACCUUGCCCACACAGAGGAGUUUGCAUAUGAGCUUUACAAGAGAAACCCAGAGGUCUAGUUGGAUUAAACAAGAUUCAGCAAUCGUAGAUAACAGACAGACACAGCUUUAUUACUAAAAAAACUUAAUUGGACAUUUUUUGAAGGCUGAAAUCUUUUACACAUACACACACACACACAAAUUACCACAUUUAAGACAAAGUAGUACAAAAUGAUAAUUUAUGAAUAUCGCUCAAGUUCAAAUAAACAUUUUGUGUGACCAGUGUUUUGAGUGACUUUACUGUUUUUGUCUUUACAAUAAAUUGAAGCCCAGUGCAAAUAACCAUUCAUACUAAAUAAAAUGCAUAAGAAGCAAACACUUUCUUUUCACACAUAAAUCAAAAACAAUUUAAAAACUAUAAAACGUAUAUCUAUAAAUG